CUACCCCGCUCAGUGGGAGAACUCACACCCCUGGAGCAGGCACAGAGAGCAGGGCUGGAGGCGGCUGCCGGUUUCCCUGUCCCUUCCUUCCCCAGACGAGCACUGUACCUGCAGGAUCUAGCAGCAGCCUCCUUUCGCCAGCUGGCAGCCAGCCCUUUGCAUUCAGGCAGCUGCUAGCACCAGGGAAAUCACCAUGAACUCUCUCUUCAGGAAAAGAAACAAAGGGAAAUACAGCCCCACGGUGCAGAAGAAGAGCAUCUCCAGCAAGGAGCUGUCCGAGCUCAUCGCGGAAAAAACCAUCGUGGAAGCCGAUACCCGGAUGCAGACUGACUUACACAAACUCAAGGCCGGCCAGCCUGCUCAAUACAAGGACUACACAGCCAGUAAACUCACCGAGUCGGAUAAACUCCUCUACGUUCUGGAUGGGGACGCAGCAAUUGCCCGGCACAUGAAACACCCACAGGGGGACAUGAUCACAGAAGACAUCCGGCAGCUGAAGGAGCGCGUGGCCAACCUGUGUGCCAAACGCGACCAGAUCUACAACUUCACGCCGCAGGAGGUGGAGCCGCAGGUCAACUGGUCCGCCGUGAUCGACGAGAAACAGGAAAUGCUCAACAGCCAGGGCUUCGGAACCGACCUGCCUCUAGUCAACAACCAGGUGGAAGAGCACAACAUCUUCCACAAUGAGGUGAUGGCCAUCGGGCCCCACCUCAGCAAGGAGCGGGACAAGGAAUACAUGAGCAGCCUCCAGCUGAAGUACCAGAAGCUGCUGUCGGGGUCCCAGCAGCGGCAGCACGAUCUGAACUCGCUGCAGGAUUACAUGCAGCGCUGCACCAACAAGCUCUACUGGCUGGGGCCAGAGGGGCCAGGGAAACAAGAUUACGACUGGAGCGACCGCAACCUGGACUACCCCAGCCGGCGCCGCCAGUACGAGAACUUCAUCAGCCGCAAGCUGGAAGAGAAAGAGGAGACUGUCAACAAGUUGCACGUGGAGGGAGACCAGCUCCUGGCCCAAAACCACCCCGGGAAGAACCCCAUUGAGGCUCACAUGGAGGCUGUCCAUGCCGACUGGAAGGAGUAUCUCAACUUACUGAUCUGUGAGGAGAGCCAUCUGAAAUUCAUGGAGGACUAUCACAAGUUCCAGAAGGACGCUGCGGAUGCCCAGGAGCUGUUGAAGAAGGUGGACACCGACCUGGACCAGAAAUACAGCCCUGACUUCAAGGACAGAUACCAGCUGGAGUCGCUUCUUAGGGAGCUGGACGACCAGGAGAAGGCCUUGGACAAGUACGAGGCAGUGGUGACGUCCCUGCAGAAGCACAGCCAGCAGGUGCUGCCUCUGAAGUACCGCUGGAAGAGCCCACUCAAGCCCAUCCCCGUGGAGGCGCUCUGUGACUACGAAGGCGAGGAGGGCCAGGUUACCCGUGGAGCCCGAUACACCCUGACUAACAACAACAGUGACAUCUGGGAUGUAACGGACAAUUCCGGAAACGAGAGCCGCGUCCCCGGGGUGUGCUUCAUGAUUCCCCCCCCAGCCCCCGAAGCGCUAGCGCUCACUGACAGCAUUGCCAGCCAGUACCAGAGCAUCAAGCAGAAGACAGCCAGCAGCAAGGCGGCGCUGCAGCAACGCUGGGAAGGGCUGAAGGCGGAUGGCAUUGGAGAUGCUGCCUCUGUACAGGUGCGCCAGUUGCUAGCAGGGCUGGAGAAAGUGAACAGCGACCUGGACAAGCAGGAGAAGGCGAUAACGGCAAACUUACGCCCCCCGCUGGAGCAGAGCCGGGCAGCGCAGGACAGUGCCGAGCGCUCAAAGGAACUUAAGAAUAUCUCCAACGAGCUCCGCUGCAUCGAGCCGGAGAAAGCCAAGAUCAUCCAGGAGUGUGAGGCCUUUAUUGAUGCCAUGCCCAGCGCUGGCAGUGCCACCUUGGUGAGGAACAAGGUAGAGGACACGAACAAGAAGUACGACCACGUGGUCCAGCUGCUCGGUGCUGCCCGGGAAAAGGUGGAGGUGGCCACUCGCCUUGAGAAGAGCCUUCAGCAAGGCCGAGACCUGCUGUCUGCAUAUGAAAACAAACUGGUGUUAGAGGAUACUGUGCCGGAGGACCUGCAGGCCCUAGAUCAUAAGAAAGAGGAGCUCUUGGCCACGGGCGCGGAGCUGCAGGCCAAGAGGUCUCUGCUCAAUGAGGCAGAGCAGAAUUUGCAACAAGCAAAGACGUGUUCCAGCUCCCUGGCCAGCCGCUUUCAGGAGCACUGCCCCGACAUCGAGCGCCAGGAAGCCGAGCUCCACAAACUCAGCCAGCGCUUCAACAACCUCAGCAGGACCGCACACCGGAGACACAGGUCGCAGACCCUGCAGAAAGCAAAAUCAUCCUAUUCCACCUACCGCGCCGGCUACAACGAAGUCAACCAGUUCCUUUGUAACGUGCCGAACUAUGAGCCGCAGGAGACGGACAACAUCCAACAAGUGGAAACGAAGCUCAACCACCAAACGACGCUGCUGGGUGAUAUUGCAAGAAAGGAGCAGGAGGUACAGAAGGUCUCGGCUGAUGCCCAGCAGUACCAGCAGGCGGUGAAGGACUAUGAACUGGAAGCAGAGAAGCUACGCUCUAUUCUCGACCUGGAAAACGGACGGAACGGCUACACGAGCAAGAGGCCCAGACUCCAGUCUCCAGCAGCUAAAGUGAAAGAAGAGGAAGCAAUUCUGGCUGCGAAAUUCACUGAAGUUAGUGCUGUCAAUAAACAGAGACUGCAGAACCUGGAAUUUGCGCAGAAUCUCCUGAAGCAGCAGCCAGAGGUACAAGUGAUGCAGGAGUCUAUCCAGACUAGUAAGCCUGAGAGGCCACAGGAGGAAGCCUGGAAAAUAAAGAAAGAGCUGGAUGAUGAGAGUCAACGUCGACAGCAGCUAGAGGGAGAGAUCAAAACCAUCCAGAAUGACAUCCUCCACCUGCAGAAGCAGAAGCCCCAGGAGACUGUGCUGAAGAAGGAAGUGCUGAAGAAAGUGCCUGACCCUCAGCUGGAUGAGAGCUUCCACAAAAUGCAGCAAAACCUGACGGAAGAGCAACGCAAAAACCAGGUGCUACAGGAUGAGCUGGAGGCCCUAAAAUUGAAGCUGCAAGCCUUAGAGCAUGAGAAGAGGGAAGGGGGCCGGGAGUAUAGGGUGAAGGAGGUCCUGCGUAUCGAGCAGGACAAGGCACAAGCAGAGGAGAUCCUGAAGUUGAAAGAAGAACUGGAGGACCUCAGGAGGCAGGAAGGAGCCCGAGAAAGCGAGGUCACCCUCCUGCGCCACCAAAUCACCGUGCUGUCUGAGGAGAAGAACAAAGAGCAGGAGAAGGUUACUGAGAAGGAAGUGGUGAAGCUACAGAAUGACCCCCAGCUGGAGACAGAAUUCCGGGUGCUACAGGAGAACAAGGAAAGGGAGAGCUAUCAAAGGCAGAAGCAAGAAGAGGAGCUCAGCUUUCUGCAGGACAAGAUGAAACGAUUGGAGAGGGAGCGGGCCAUUGCAGAGGGCAAGAUCACAGUCAAGGAGGUUCUGAAGGUGGAGAAAGAUCUGGCAACAGAAAGGGAGGUGAACGAGCUCCGACGCCAGUAUGAAGACGAGAAGUCCAAGAGCCGGUCCAAUGAGAGGGAGAAGGCUGAGCUGCUCAGAAAGAUCCAGGUCCUGGAGGAGGAAAAUGCUAAGGUGGUCAUUCAGGAAAAAGUACGUGAGAUAGUGCGUCCAGAUCCUAAGGCUGAAAAUGAAGUAGCCAACCUUCGCAUGGAGCUGGUGGAGCAGGAGAGGCGGUAUCGAGGUGGGGAAGAGGAGCUGAAGAGCUUCCAGAAUGAGCUGGCUUACCUGAAGAACAGAAGCGGCCAGGUGGAGGUGAAAGAAAUUAUCAAGGAGGUCAUUAAGUACAAGACCGAUCCUGAGACUGAGAAGGAAUUGCAGAGACUCCGGGAAGAAAUUGUAGACAAGACUCGAGCGAUUGAAAGAGCUGAUGUGGAGAUCUACCAGCUGAAGCAAGAGAUUCAGACCUUGAAAGACACCAAGCCUCAAGUCCAGAUGAAGGAAGUCGUCCAAGAGGUACUACAAUACCGGGAAGACCCCAAGACCAAGGAAGAAGUGGAGUCCCUGAGAGCUCAGCUUGCAGAGGAACAAAAGAAGCACGUUGACUUGGAGAGGGAGAGGCUGCUCCAAGAGGAGAAGAUCAGACAGAAAGAGGAGGAACUCUCACAAGUGAAGGAGAAAGUGGUCCAGCAGGAAGUGGUAAAGUUUGAGCAAGAUCCCACCUUGAAAGCAGAGAUCAAUUCCUUCUCUGAGAGUAUUGAGAGUGAGCUGAAGCAGAUGGACUCCCUGCGAGAAGAGCUGCGCAAGCUGCAACGGAGGAGAUCUGAGCUGGAGCGCCAGCUGGAGGAACUUGAGAAAGAGAGGCAGGCCCGCAGAGAGGCUGAACUUGAGGUGCAGAGGCUGAAGGUCAGGCUGAAUGAGCUGGAACAGCAAGAGAGGGAGACAACGGAGAGAGUGACUGUGAAACAGAAAGUAAUCCUCCAGCAAGACCCGCAGCAAGAGAAAGAACACUCCCUCCUUAAGCUAGAGCUGGAGGAAGAGAAGCACCGAAGGCAAGUCCUGCAGGCUGAGCUGGAAGCUCUGAGGAAGAAGCUCCUCACACUGGAAAAGAUGGAGGUCAAGGAGAAAGUAGUCUUUUCAGAGAGCAUCCAAGUGGAUAAAGGGGACACCGAAUAUGAGAUUCAAAAGCUGAAGAGCAACCUGGAGGAGGAGAGCCGGCGUAAAAGGGAGCUAGAUGCAGACAUCGACCGCCUUGAGGCCAGGCUGUCUGAGGUGGAGUUCAACAAUUCCAAGUCCUCCAAGGAGCUAGAUUUCUUGAGGGAGGAAAACCACAAACUCCACCUAGAAAAGCAGAAUCUUCUGCUGGAAACAAGGAGGCUGCAGUCGGAGAUUGAGCUCACAGCAACGGAAGCUCGGGAUUUACGAAACAUAACCCAGGUUGACAGCAGGGUGAAUCUUGACACCAGAUUCCAGACCUUGGAGCGAGAGCUGGAAGAUCUGAAGACAUUAUCUAGAGAAAAAGAUGCAGAGAUUGAGCAACUUCAGAACCGCCUCAAGACAGUGGCCAUCAAGAGAGAGCAGAGAGAGAACCACUUGCGGCGCUCCAUUGUGGUCAUAGACCCCGACACCGGCAACGAGAUGUCUCCAGAGGAAGCUCAUAAAUACGGCCUCAUUGAAUGGAGCUUGUUUCUCAAAUUGAAGAACCAGGAAUGUGACUGGGAAGAGAUCUCAAUAAAGGGGCCUAAUGGGGAGUCCUCUGUGAUCCUAGACAGAAAGUCUGGCAAAGAAUUUUCCAUCGAGGAUGCCUUAAAGAGUGGAAAAUUAACCAUGGCUCAGUAUGAUCGUUACCUCAACAAGGAGAUAUCCAUCCAGGAGCUGGCGGUACUGGUAUCUGGACAGAAGUAAUUACAGUGUUCCCUCCACUCUAUAUCGAAACUCCUUACAGCAGCUUGCUCAGAGCUGUGCCACUUGUUACAAUUCCAGAUCGCUGCAAAUCCUUUGUGUCUUCCAAAAUGCUAUAGCCUUUGCCUGGUCCAACAUGAGGCUGCUAUGAAGCCAGGCUGCUUGCUGCAUCCAUUCCAUAAGAGCACUGUCACGGCAGAGGUGGAAAACGCAUUUGUCAGCAUUGCAUGAACUUUUCUUCCACACGACACUCUUACCUGGAUACUCAAACAGAAACACAAACAAAAUGAUCUUCACGUCUGAAGCUGCUGAUUAACACGUGCUCUCAAAUUCAGCACAUCUCAGCACAUUCUUUUUUGUUUUUCUGUCAAAUCUGCACUUCUCUCUCGAGGAUACCGCAUAGUCAGGUAAAAAGCUGUACAAAGAGCACACUGGAAAGAGACAAAAGGUCAAUACCACCCCAACAGCAGAGGGAGCCUAGUAAGCCACCCACAUGUAUGAAAAUCUAGAGAAACACUUUCAUUGUAUACAGUGGAAUGAAUGAUGGUAUCUUCCCCUGAGAACGGCAGCUAAGUGCGCAAAAAGUGAAAUUUACACUUUUAUUCAUAGUCCUGAUACUAAGAUCUCAUCAAAGGUUGCAGACAUACUUCCUUCACCUCAGUGCCUCUAAUGCCAAAGGGGAGGGGGAACAAAAAGAAUUAUAAUUAGAUACAGUAAAUCCUAGAUAUAAAGGAGGUAUUUUCAUAGGACAUCACCAGAAAUAUGUAGAGAUAUCAAUAUUAUGUAGUAAAGCAUGCUCCUGUUACCUAAUGCAGAGGUGCCUUCUCAAUGGCCAUGCUUACCUCAUGGUUAAAAGCCACUCAUACUGAUAUUUUAUUGACUAAAGUUACGUUCAGCUACAUGUAUCAUUUAUUUGUUAAGGGAAAUGGGAAAGGUGGGGAAAUUCUAUUUAUAGUACAAAAUAAAAAUGCGGUGGUUUACAUCAGGAGUUUAUUUUUCCUUUUUAAAACGAUGCCUUCCUUUUGAUUGAGUGCCUUAAAGGAAUCCAAAGUUUCAGAAUCAAAGAUUCACCCAGCACUGAGCUUUGGACUUUCUG